ACGAGCGGUGCUUGGUACUAUUAUCAAGCUUCCACCGGAACCACCACAUGGCAACAUCCCCUGGACGCCGUGUACAAGGAGAUGGUCGAGCAGGCCAGAGCUGCGAGCAACGCCGCCAAGCCUGUUAACGCCAGGCAGAUCAGCGUCGAAGAGGACUCGAAGACAACGGCCAAGGAGCUCGAGUCGAACGAGGAAGCAACUCUGCCCAAGGAAACGUCUUCGUCCGCCAAGGAAUCCGGCAAGCAAUCCGCCAAGAACAAUCCGCCACCUACCAGAAUCCCCACGAAGCUGGCGCCGUUGAAAAAAUUGGACAAGAUCGACGGUACGAGGAAGAAGGAUGGCGGGAGCCAAGAGAAACAACAAUCGAGACGGGAGGACAAUCCGUUGGCGACUAACAGGGCCGGCAGGGAUUACACGAAUCUCAAAUUCCAAGAUCCGAGAUUCUACGAGUGUCCCAAGCUCCUGGAGACGGUCGCAUCGACCACGACCACCAACACGACCACGUCCACCAGCCCAAAGCAGGAGAUAGACCUGAAAGAGGUGCUCAAGAGAUCGGAAUCCCUCAGCCCGAGGCACGAGAAGGAUUGGGAGCAGUUGUCGAGCAGGUUCAGCUCCGAGGAGAAUAUCAUAGACAUCGAUAAACUUAGCAUCAACACGUUGGCCAGGUCGGAGAAAUCCGACAAGUUCGACAAGGAGAAACAUCCGAGCCAAUUCGGCCAACAGAAGGAAUUGACUCUGAGCGGUGGGGGGACUAUGUUCCUGAAGAGCAACAGGAGCAGAGACACCACGCCUAUCCACGAGACCGGUAAACUCGACGAGUUCCGUACCUUGUCGAUCCCGGACGAGACCAACAAAGACAGCGGGGACAAGUUGAAGUCGAUUCUCAGGGAGAAACAAUCCGAGGACGACGACAGACCGGUGGACGAGGAAAGGAAAAGCGUACGUUUCGACAUCGAGAAGGAAGUGGACAUCAAGUACACUUACUCCAGGUCCGAAUACGAGUCGGAAUCCGAAUCUGACGAGCAUGAGGUGCUCGCCAUGCUCUCGAGUCGAGAUACCGAGUGGAGUCCCUCGAAAACGCAGAAAACCAGCCAAAGAUUCACGGAGGAGAGCAAGGAAGAUCCCGAGGACAAGAUCGAUGGAUGUGUCAAGAAGAGUUUAUCGUCGGAAAAAAUCGAAGCGUCGAAGACGCAAAAUGGGAAGAUCGUGGGAAAGAGGUUCGUCGUGAGGAACGUGCCUGAGAACGAACUUCGUAAAAAGUUCGCUCCUCAGAACGCUUCUGAGAAGGAACACCGUAUGCAAAUGACCAGAGACAGUUUGUCCGGAGAGAGUUUGUCGAGGGAGAGCAGUUUGGACUACACGUUCACCAAUAAAUUCAACAAAAUUAAAAACAUCGAUCUGGUUUCGAAGAGCGAGACCGAUUACAGCGACUCUGAACUACGGCGGAAGAAUAAAUUGAAAGUGGAGUUGCCGCGCAACGAGCAGACCGACGACGACGAGACUUCAGAUUUCUCCAAGAUCAAUCAAGAGGCUCACGAUAUCUCGCGAAGGGAAGCCAACGAAGCGACGAAACAGGAUCAGAACAAGAAGCUGGAGGAAGCGAAAGCGAAAUUGAAUGAAGAGCACGAAAAAGAUAUCGAGGCGUUGAGGAAAGAGUACAAGGACAAGUUGGAACAGAUGAAAAAAGAAUUGGAGGAGAAUUUUGCGGAGCAGAAGAAGCAAAUAGAGAAGAAUCUGAGUGACAAGUUGGAGGAUAUGAGGCGAAAGAUGGUCGAGAAGGAGGAACGAGAAAUUCAAAAAUUAAUCGCCGAAAUGGACGAGGCCAAGUUGGAGAAUCUGAGAAAGGUAAAGGCCGAAUUGGAGGUUUGCUACGAAAAGGAGAGGCAAGAGAUCUUGGCGAAUUUGAAGACUGAACUGGACGAGAGAAAGGGAGAAUUGUUGGAGCUACGGAAUCAGGAGAUGGGGAAAUUGGAGAACGAACACGAGCGCGACUUGGACGAGGAGAAGCUCGCCAAACUUAGCGAGAUCAAAUUGAGCAAGCAACACCAGGCGAGGAUCAAAACGAUGAAGAAGGAAUUGGAUAAGGAGUUCGACGAGUUGCGCAAACAAUUACGGGCACAGCAGAGGGAAAAUAUCACGAAAAUUACGGAGGAACACGAGAGUCGUCUUGUCGAAAUUCUACGCGAUUUUAGAGUGAAUGAGGAUCGCACGCGCAAGAUGUACAAGCAGUGUUUGGAAGAGAUUCGCGCCGAUUUCUCGCGCGACGCGGAGAAAGAGGCUAAGAAACAGACAGGUCGCGCUAUCCACCAAGAGAGCAUCGAGUUCGAGAAGAUGAGGUGCGAGAAGCGAUUGCUCCAAGAUAAGUACAUGGCGUUGAAGGAGAAAUACAUGAAAUUGAAGAAGGAGGUACGUUCGGCUAUCGAGAGGAGGAGUAGGAGAAAGGAGGGAUACACGACCGCCUCGGAGACGGAGAGGUCGACGUCGACGAGGACGAGGACGGACAGGACCGAGUCGUCUGAUCAAAAUAUCCCAUUACGAAACACGCACUCGAGCUCGGCGACGACGAACACUAAACCGCCCGAGACUCAGACGACGACGAACGAGCAGUCGGAAGAAUUGCACGAUCCGAACGAACAGAACGUUCAGAAGGCGAACUCGGGGUUUCAGAAGAGCGCAGCUACGUCGAACGCGAAAAAUGUGAGAUUCCAUUCCGACGAAACGAGCAUCGCCAGCGAGACGAACGCGAACGUAACAACCGGAAAGAAGAACUUCGCCAAGAAACCGACAAUCCAACCCAAACCGAGUUCAACCACCGGCAAUAAUAUUAACAACAAUAACAACAAUCUUGAAAAUCCAGUCGAAAAUAUAAGAAAACAGUUGGAGAAGCUCGAGGAUCUCGGUGAUCAAUUGCCAAGCAACGAAACGGCCUACACAUUGCGAUAUCCUUUCCAAGACAAAGCUCGUCGUGUCCGAGCUCAUCGGGUGACACCGGAAAGGAUUCUGCUCGAUUUUCUAGCACCAGCGAACGCCUCUUCGGAGCUGGAGUUCUUCCGGCACCGAAUUCACGUGGAAAGGGAUUCAGUGAAGAGAGCACGGGAGGCGCUUCGACAUCAGGAGAACGUGUUCCAAGGGAGGCAGAGGGCUUGGAAGCAGCGUAGCGUCAAAGCGACCCUCGAACAAUUGCUUCAGGAAGAACGCGAACUUUCCGACAUGGAGGUGAAUUUGCAUCGAACCAAGAGCCUUUUGGGCGAGAAAGUGAUCCAUCUGAGGCAUUUAGAGCAAUCUUUGGAGAGGGUGGUUAACGCGAAGACAAACGAGAACGACGGGAACGCGACCAAAAACGAGGAAUUGACGUUGAGCGAUAUGUCGAGCGUGAGCAGCGGUAUCAGUUCAACCGAUCUCGGGACCGACACGUUCGUAGACAAACCGGAUCACUACCAGGAGUCGACGGAAAUCAUCGCAAGUCUGGAAAACCUAAACUCGGAAAUACGUGAGAUAUGGGGCGUGCUGAAUAAACGUCAGGACACGAACAUACCACCGCCUCCGACUUUGAUGUAUUCGUAUUUGCGAUGGCUGCGUUUCCAUCAUCUUGCCGCCGAAUCGAAUAAUAUACAAGGAACAUUCGGUGCACCAAACAUUCAGUCGAACAUCCUAUCUCAGUUGACAGUGACUCAACCACCGACACCCACCGCGCAAAACAUUAUCGCCCAGUACGGUCCCAAUAGCGGUUUCACCACCAGCGUAUGCACGGUUGAGAAGCAUUCCUCGAAUCUGAUGGAGAGAACGUGGAAUCUACGGGAUUGGCUGAGGCAAGCUUGCGUCGAGGGCACGGAUCAGUCCAGGUCGAACGACUCUAUAAAAAGCAGCCCGCAAUCCAUCGAAAAAUUUGGUUCCAAACGACAAUCGUUAGGGGAUUCCAGUACCCGUUUCGUCGACGUAGACUCCAUGUAUCUACACGUGUUUCUAAACCAAUUCAAGAAGACGUGUUUUCGUUAGUUGUAUAGUUUCCGUUAUCUCGAUCUCUUGAUACGAUCGAGAACGGAAUAGUCGUUUGGAAGUGAGAGUUUCGAUCGAGAGAUUCGCGAAACUCCUAGCUUCGGCCGAAUGCGCGCUCGUUCUAAGAACCUCCCCUUAGCUUGUCCCCCAUCCUAUCGAGCUCAAAUUCGUUUUAUCGCCGAAUCUGCGACAAACGCAAUUGGACGCAUCUAAUCACGAUGCGUCAACGUGGUCUUGGAGCCCCGAUCGAAACGGACGCGAGCUUCGAGAUUGCAACUUUUGCAAUUUUCUGCCCACGCGUCCACAAUUUUCAAGAAACGCUCGUCGGCGUUUCUUACGAUUUUAUCCGGGGUGGCAAACCAACUGGACAAUUAUUACUAUAUUCGUGCCAGAAAUUUUGACGCUGGCCCGCUGCUCUUUUAACGGUAAUUGCAACGUUAUAGCGGAUGAUCAUGUAUAAAAAAACGUAACACUUUCAUAAUGGGAA